AUGGAGAUUGUACAGUACAUUAUAUUUUUUAUAAUUCUCCUGUGUGGUGCUAUACCCUGGAUCCGUGAGAAUGGCUAUUUUGAAGUAUUCUACUUCACACAUCUCAGCUAUAUUUUCUUUUGGAUACUUUUAAUUGUUCACGAAGAAAACUUCUGGAUUUGGUUUCUGCUCCCAGGAACUAUAUUCAUAAUAUCUAAGCUCUACGGUAUUGCCAAGAUCCUGCUUGGCUCCAACAAGAGCUAUGCUGUUCAACUACACUCAUUGUCGUCAAAAGUAACAAAACUAGUUGUAAGAAGAACUGAUGGUAUUACAUUUAGUCCAGGAGAUUAUGUUUUGAUUAAUAUACCAGCAAUCAGUAGGUUUGAGUGGCAUCCGUUUACAAUAUCCAGUGCACCUGAACAACAACAUAGUUUCUCCCUUCAUAUCAGAGCAGUAGGAGGUUGGACGAACGGUCUGCUUAAGCUGGCAAACAAAGAAAAUAAACUACCUCCAAGAAGACUGAAUCAGGACAAACUCAAUACUUUUAUAUCAGAUUCAGCUUUGUCCCGACGAAACAGUGAGAUACCUGAAUUAAGACACAGACCCGAAACAAUGGCCGGUCUGAAAGAGAAUCCUAUAACAGUUUACAUAGAUGGUCCUCAUGGUGCCCCAUCAAGCUCUAUUUUCUCCUCCCAUCAUGCUAUUUUGGUGGCAACAGGAAUUGGUGUAACUCCCUUUGCAAGCAUUCUCCAAUCAGUGGUGGCAAGACUGCAAUGGCAUAAUGCACAUCCCUAUGGACUAAAAUCCUGCUUUGGAGAUUUUGAUGAAGAGAACAGAGGCCUGGGAGAACUUAGGCACAUGAUUAGAUAG